GUGACAUGGACGCAUGGUUAUAAACUAGACUUCAAUAUGACGCGAGAGGUGACUAUCAACGGACCUUUGCUCCUUUUAUUCAGGGUUAUGUAAGUAUACGGAAAACAAAUUGUCGGUAUCAAUGGUGUCUGCCGGAAACUCCACCUUCCGGGAUCGGACAUCAGAAUUCCGAUCUCUGUCGGACACAUUGAAAAAGUUUGGGCGAAUAUCAGCUGCCAAUCCAGAUCGAUCAAAUCAGCAAAAUGAUCCAUCGACGUCAUCUAAACUGCCGGUAACUCCUUCUUCAUAUCGAUCCGAAUUCAACAAGAAGGCUUCUCGUAUUGGAUUAGGCAUCCAUGAAACCUCCAAAAAAAUCUCCAGACUCGCUAAUCUGGCUAAGAAAUCAUCAAUUUUUGAUGAUCCGCUGAAGGAGAUACAAGAACUAACAGCCUUGAUAAAGAACGAUAUAACAGCCCUAAAUGUAGCUGUAUCUGAUUUGCAAACUCUUCAAAACAUGGAAAUUGCUGAGGGUGAUUAUUCAGAAGAUACAGUUGUCCAUUCUACUGCUGUUUGUGAUGAUUUGAAGAACAAGCUAAUGGGAGCUACAAAAAAGUUUCAAGAUGUAUUAACAACAAGGACCGAGAACAUCAAGGCUCAUGAAAACAGGAGACAAAUCUUUUCUACAAGUAUAGCAAGAGAGAAUCCGUUACGCCAGCAACCAAAGUCAGUGAUGGAGCCACCUCCUUGGUCAACUCCAUCCGGUCAACCAUCUGAAUCUUCAGUAAAUGGAGUUCAAGUUGGCAACCAACUAAGGAGAAGGUUAGCUGUUGAGAGUAGUACUCCUUCCCAGAACAUGAACACAGGAGCCUCAAUGUUACAGCAGCAGGUGGUCCCACAACAAGAAAGCUAUACACAAAAUCGAGCAGUUGCUCUACAAAGUGUGGAGUCUACAAUUACAGAGCUGAGUGGGAUCUUUACAAAUUUGGCUACAAUGGUGGCCCACCAGGGGGAGUUAGCUAUCAGGAUUGAUGACAAUAUGGAGGAAAGUUUGUCAAAUGUUGAAGGUGCUCGAGGAGCUCUUUUGAAGCAUUUAAACCGGAUAUCAUCAAACAGGUGGCUGAUAAUCAAGAUAUUUGUCAUUUUAAUAAUCUUUCUCAUCAUAUUCUUAUUCUUCUUGGCUUAAUAGUGGGAUCUUCAAAAAAAACUGUGGCACCAUAUACCAUAUUUUUGUGAAUUAUACUUUACAAUGUCCAUAUUUCCGUUUAUGUUAGGACAUCCCCACACUUAAUAUUUUAGAUCUUCACUUUAUUGAAAUUCUUUUCCAACUUC